AUGUUGCAUGGCGGUCUUCUGUUGGGUGGGAAACUUAGGCUUCGUGGCAUGGAUGUGGACCCGUCUUGCUCUUUGUGUCAUAUGGAGCAGGAGGUGCCUUCUCAUUUAUUUAGGGAUUGUUCCGUGCUUGCCAAUUUUUGGAAUAACGGUGUUGUGGCUCCUUUGUGGCCUUCCUCUUCUCCUGGUUCCUUUGCCAAUUGGUGUGCUUGUUUUGUGAGGACUCUGUCCAGGUCUUCCUCCUCUAACCGCCUUCUGGACGCUUUUGUUUCCUCUCUCUGGGGAAUUUGGAUUGUUAGGAAUGAUAUGUGUUUCCGUUACGCGCCUUGGGAUCCAGUUCGUGACCUCCGUCACCAUUGUGAAUCUCAUGCCCCAGUUCAUACAUUAGCUUUGGCAUCUUCGGCCAUUUCUCAUCCUCAUUCCUUGGGUAGGUUUGAUAUUCGCCCUGCCAUUGAUAUUUGUAUUAUUUUGGAUGGGGCUUGGAUGCCCGUUUCAAAUCAGGCUGGGGUGGGUUGGAUUCUUCGGGAUCCGGUGUCUUUAGCUACCUUAGGAGGAGGUGCUCAGGCUUGCGUGCUUGGUUGUGCGCUUCAGGCUGAGUUGUUAGCUUGUUUAUAUGUGGUUCGUAUGGCUUCUAGGCGGGGUUAUAUGCGGAUUCUUCUCUACUCUGAUUCCGCUAUUCUUGUUUGCCUUGUCUUUUCUAAAUGUAUUGCUCCAAUGGUUGUGUUGUGGUUGGUGAAAGACCUUCGUUCUCUACUUUCUGGGUUCCGUGGGUUUUCUGUGGGGUUUUCUGUGCUGAAAGUCUCUCAUUCUAUGAUUCGGCCUGCUCAUGACCUGGCGGCUUCAGCUCAUAGGCGUCAGCUUCUUCGGCAUCGGUUUUAG